AUGGCAACUAAUCUUACUAAAAGAGAAGAUAAUCCUGAACCAACUUUGGUUUUUGCUGGUUAUCCAAUAUCUUUGUCUGUUCCUUUACAAGAUGAUAAAGGAGUUGAUAGAAUUUACACAAAACAAAGCACAGCAGGUUUUAUGAUUGUUAAUGAGGAUAAAAGUAGUAGUUCAUACUGCACAGCUGGUAGAAAUGAUGGCUUCAUAACUUCUGUAUCUUGUCUUCCAUACGAAUAUGGAUUUAGUAAUGCUUUGUUAGGAACAAUUAUAGAAUUUUAUGAUACAGCAGAUCCUUUUUAUGAUACAGCCGAUUUUGCUUAUAUAGCUGAUACUAAAGUUGAUGGAAGCGAACCUAUUCCUGAAAUAAAACUUAUUCCUUAUGUUGUCGGAGAAUCAGAUGGUGAAUCAAAACCUCAACUUUAUCCAGUUGUUGAUCAAGGUUUUGAUACGUUAGGAACGAGAGUAUGUGCUUAUGGAAGUGGUAGUGGUUAUCAAUGUGGUAAUCUUGCUGAAAUUAAUGUAGCAAGUGGAACAGUAAAUUUUAGAAACUUCAAAGGUCUAAAUAAAGUAGAUUUAGGAGUAAAUGGAUUUUAUACUGAGGAAGAUUUAGGUGGUCCAGUUUUUUAUACAGUAUUUGAUAAACAACUAGAUAGAACUGUUGCCCAAGCCUUAGGUCAUAUCACUCAUUUCGAUAAUAGUGAUCCCAAUCAUAAACUUCUUUACUACACAGCCCUAGAUAAAGUUUUUGCACAGUUUCUUGGUUCUCGCAAUUGUUCCUACAAUUUACUAACUUACAGCAAAACCAACGCUCAAGAAUAUGACCAAUUACUAGCCCAAAUUGAAAUUCCAACUAAAAAAUAA